GGAUUGCGUCUCUGGUCUCAGCAAUGGGAAAUCUCUUCAACAUGAGAAAUCACUGACCUGGAAUGGGGAAACCUGGAUUCUAAGGCAAGGUCUUGAAGGACGGCAUUUUGUGGUGGUUCGUGCUGUGGGUCUAUUUAAUGAAGUCCCUGCCUCUCAUCCUUCACUGAAGCCACGCUUUUUGUUCUGUCUACAAUCGCCAUCUGCUGACUCUACUUCAUUUCAUUAUUUCUGACAAUGACAGUCCAAAAAAGCAACAGAAGCAGCUGUUUCUAGAGGUGACUGUGAGGCGGGGGAAGCCAUACUUUCUCAAGACCUGCUCCCUCUAAAUUUCAUGGAUUGGCUCUUCCCUCAGUUACACUGAACAUGUUUCACUUCUGCAGUGAUAGAGAGAGUGGAGACUCUAUGGCCCUUUUAUCCUUGGCAUCAUAUAAGGGACAUCUAUUUGAUGUGAAGCCUGUUCUUUUGUGAACAAGCUCUCAAUAUUGUAUGGCCCUGUGUUCACUCAGAAUUUGGGCUUGGGCCCCACGGUGGUGCUGCAUGGACAUGAAGCAGUAAAGGAAGCCCAGAUUUAUCUGAGAGAGGAGUUUUCUGUAAGAGGUCAUUUCUCAGUGAGUGAAAGAGCUAAGAGAGGAUGUGCUAUGUGAAAGGGAAGCUGCCACCUGGCCCCACUCCUCUGCCAAUUGUUGGAAACAUUUUACAGAUAAAUACCAAGAACAUCAGCAAAUCUCUAAGCAAGCUAGCAGAAGAUUAUGGCCCUGUGUUCACUGUGUAUUUUGGCAUGAAGCCCACGGUGGUCUUGCAUGGAUAUGAAGCAGUGAAGGAAGCCCUGGUUGAUCAGAGUGAGGAGUUUUCUGGCAGAGGCAGUAUGCCAGUGUUCGACAAAGUCUGCCAGGGAUUAGGAAUUGUUUUCAGUAAUGGAGAAAGGUGGAAGCAAACCCGGCGUUUCUCCCUCACAGUUUUGCGGAAUAUGGGGAUGGGGAAGAACACUCUCGAAGACAGAAUUCAAGAGGAAGCCUUGUGUCUGGUGGAAGCAUUAAGAAAAACCAAUGCAUCUCCCUGUGAUCCUACUUUACUACUGGGCUGUGCUCCCUGCAAUGUGAUCUGCUCCGUUGUUUUCCACUGUCGCUUUGAGUACAGUGAUGAGAAAUUGCUAACCUUGUUAAGUUAUCUUGAUGAAAACAUGAAAAUUGCAAGCACUGCCUGGAUAAUGCUCUACAACGCUCUCCCCUUUUUAAUACAUUAUCUCCCAGGAAGUCAUAAUGCAUUAUUUAAAAACAUUGCUGACCAACAAAAGUUUAUCUUGGAGAAAAUAAAAGAACACCAAGAAUCCCUGGACCUCAAUAACCCUCGAGACUUUAUUGACUACUUCCUGAUUAAAAUGGAAAAGGAAAAACACAACAAACAGUCUGAAUUUACCAUGGACAACUUGAUCACUACCAUAUGGGAUUUGUUUAGCGCGGGAACAGAGACAACGAGCACCACCCUGAGAUAUGGACUCCUGCUCCUGCUGAAGCAUCCAGAGGUCACAGGUAAAGUCCAGGAAGAGAUUGACCGUGUGAUUGGCCGACACCGGAGCCCAUGCAUGCAGGACAGGAGCCACAUGCCCUACACGGAUGCUGUGGUGCAUGAGAUCCAGAGAUACAUCAACCUCGUCCCCAACAAUCUGCCCCAUGCAACAACUCGGGACGUUAAGUUCAGAGAAUACCUAAUUCCCAAGGGCACAGCGAUAUUACUGUCUCUGACUUCUGUCCUGCACGAUGACAAAGAGUUUCCCAACCCAGAGCAGUUUGACCCUGGUCACUUCCUUGAUGCAAGUGGUAACUUUAAGAAGAGUGACUACUUCAUGGCUUUUUCAGCAGGAAAAAGAGUUUGCGUUGGAGAAGGCCUGGCCCGCAUGGAGCUGUUUCUACUCCUGACCAAUAUUUUACAGCAUUUUACCUUGAAACCUCUGGUUGACCCAAAGGACAUUGACACUACCCCACCUGCCAGUGGGAUAACCUCUGUACCACCCUUCUAUGAGCUCUGUUUCAUUCCAGUCUGAAGAAAGGGCAGGCUGCCGGAUCACAGAGCCAGCCUCUCCAGCCUUAUUUAAACAAGCCAGAUGCCUUCUGUCCUGUUUGUUAGCCAUUAUCCACUCUCCCUUAACAGCAGAAAUGACGUUCCUGAGCCCUGUCUCUUCUAAUUUUCCCCAUCCGUUAAGAUUCAGUUCAAAUUUCUCUGCAUGAAGUAAAGCUCACUGUUUUGUCUCCAAUAAACUUCUUGUUGUAAUACAAUUUUGAGAUCUCAAGCUAUAUCUCAUCUGCAGUAUGCACAAAAUGGAAGGCUCUGUAUAAAUAUCACAUUUUGUUUUAUUAAAAAUUAAAAAUGGAAAAUUAUUCCAUGA